CCGAAUAAACACGAACCUGUGUGAGUGUGGCGCUGCUGCGGCUGUGCGGUUUCGGUUCUGAGCACAGUUUAAACACUAAAGCGUCCGCGGUUCUCAUAAAAAAAUAAACUCACGCUAACGCGGAGGAUAUCGCGGAGAUGCCGAGCGGAUACGGCUGGACUUUGGGGCUGAAUAACGGCUGGAGCGGAUGAACAACAAUGGAAAGUGAAGCUGUGAAAUGGAGCAGAUCGGAUUCAUGUUAAUGUUUAUAUCUGAAUUUCGCUCUUACACCGCUGAGUACUGGAGGUUCGGGGCUGGAGAGUCAGUUUCCGGGAUUGCUGCGGUGCUUUGACUCGUGCUAAAUGCGAAUCUUAAUCUGGGAGGCAUUUACUGAUCUGAGGUUAGCUCGUUAGCUUGUGGAGGUUGCCCGGGCCUUGCUGGCUAACACCGGGUGUUCGGUGGAGACCCAGCCGAUGAAGGAGCGCUGUGAGCCGGCGUCGGUUGUACGAAACACCGUGGUUCCAAUGGAGGGCUGUGUCGAGUAGAUUUUGCAGGUUUACUGGGAUGCGUUAACUUUAUUUCCUGCAGCAAGAAUGAAAACAGCUCUAUACUUACUAUUAGAAGUAAAUACUUGAAUUUGAACUUAAUUAAUGCACUUUAAAAUGGUAUUAUUUGUAGUUUGCUGCCUAAUUAAAUGAUGAGAUCUGCUAUAAAGCAUGCACAUUUAAUAACACUAAUGACUGUCUGUGCACUGUUGACAUCCAUCAUUCUACAUUAAGGAUCACAGCUCACCCUCCAAGUAUUUUCACCCUUGGUAGCAUCUAACCAGCUUCUCUGAAUCUAAAGCCAUUGUCAUGCUGGCACCAUGGCUUCUAUCCAAGUGAAACCCUAGAAGGUGCAAGAACUUUGGCCUUUUAAUGAAGCCAGAACGAGUAAGGACAGCUCGAACGACCCUCCACCUACGGACAUGAUCACAAACUGACCACAGUUUCACUACAGACCACUGGACCAGCUUCAGGAGCUUCGCGGCCAUGAGCGUCCGACACCCAGCCUCCACGCUGGACAGUCCACUUGCUGUGUGGUUCAGCAGUUUGACGUUUGGAGACUCGGAGCGCAGGUCGUCUCUCGGCCGGCAGAAGGAGUCUCUCCCAGAGUUCCCACCCGACGGCGCAGCCGCGGGUCUGGUGCAGAGAUCUGUGAUCGUGCAGAGGGACAGUCUGGGAUUCGGCUUCACUGUAUGUGGAGAAAGGAUUAAACUGGUGCAGAAUGUUCGUCCAGGUGGAGCAGCAGUGAAGGCAGGGGUGCAGGAGGGAGACCGGAUCAUUAAGGUCAACGGCUCGUUAGUGUCGUCCAUGUCCCAUCAGGAGGUAGUGAAGCUGAUCAAAUCUGGAACCUACGUGGCGUUGACGCUGCAGGGCCCCGCCCCUUCUGCAGCCUCCGUUUAUCUCCAGCCUCUCCAAUCAGGCCUCACAACACCGGGGGACGAAACCCCUCCUCCUCCACCCCCUCCCUUACCGGCCACGGGGAUCGGCACCCCGAACCAGAGAAUCACCGGCCCCAAACCUCUACAGGAUCCAGAAGUCCAAAAACAUGCCACACAGAUCCUCAGAAAGAUGCUGGAACAAGAGGAGGCAGAAAUCCAGGAGCUGCUGGAGGAGCGCUCUCGAAAUCCAUCUCCCUCGCUAGAAGAGAGGAUAGGAAGCGCAAAAAGGCGCGCCCACCAACUCCGAGUGAAAAUUCAGCCAGAUCUGGAUGGGACACGCCUUGAAACGGUGACCAACUUCGUGAUGGCUGGAGAAGGUCGUUCGUCCAUAGACUCAAGUGAAGGGGACUAUGAGGGAUGCGAGAGCCCCUUCUCAUCCCCGUCCUCCACACUCAGGACCCCUCAGUACAGCCGACAGGGCUCCGGCACACUCGACUCGGGAGGGAGGGCGUACAUAAUCGGCCCUGAGGAGGAAGAGGACUACUAUGAUAGUAUUACGAGCAAUGAAAUGGACGGUCCGUUUCAGGAUAUCGAGCAGCUGAAAAGUCGUCCAGCGUACAUGGCCGUGUUCAUGAGAUACGUCUUCAGUCAGCUGCUGGACCCCAACCCACUGCUGUUCUAUCUGUCAGUGGAGGCGUACCUGAGCUCCAGCCCCAAGGACGCCCGUGCUCUCGCCCCCCAGAUCUGCUCUCACUUUCUGGACCCGGAUGCUCCUCUGAAGAUUAAAGUCAAAGACGAGUAUCUGACAGAUAUAGAGAGUCGUCUUCAUGCUCAGGAGGAUAUCAGGGGUCCACUGUCUGAGCUCCAGCAGCAGGUGCUUCCAGAUAUACAGGAUCAAAUCCAGGACUACAGGAAUAAGCAGCUGAUGGGACUGGCCUCACUUUACGGGGAGACCGAUCUACACCAGUUAGACGGAGACCCGGCCAAGGAGAGACUGGUGGUGGAGAGACAGGUCGCGGCGCUGUGGGAACUGCUCUCGAAGCACGAGGAGGAGAAAAGCUCCCCGUUAGCACUGGCUGUUCACCUGUACCUGCGGCACUCGGGCAUCAAGCUGCGGGACGUGAAGCUGUUCCCGGGACUCAGCACCGAGAAGGAGAAGUGGCUCGCUUUCUUCCCCAAGUCUAAAAAGCAGCAGAGAAAUCCGUUCCUGAAGUACAUCGGCAAACCCCGGAGCGCAUCCCAGUCCACGUUCCAUGUCCCGUUAUCCCCUACAGAAGUGCGUGCAGGUAACGUGCGGAACAUCAUUCAGCAUUUUGAGAACCACACAGACUCAGUGGAUGAAGAAGGAGAGAACGGGGGGCAGAGACUUUCGACUGGCAGUCUCGGGGAUGAAAGCAUGGACAGUCCUACAGUGUCCGUGCGUUGUUUGGCUCGCAGCGAGUCUCUGAAGGCUCAGGGGGAGGGACGUCGGCGUGGAGUCCUGACGGGAGCGGAGACGGUUCCCCGGUCCCGCAGUGACGUCGAUAUGGAAGACUGUGACGACCGCGAGGGGCCGGGGCUACGACCUUUACAUCACAGCGCCUCCUCCUCGGCCUCCAGCAGCUCGGCCAGGUCGCUGGAGAAUCCCACCCCACCGUACACACCCCGCUCCAGGCGCAGGAGUGUGGACACACCGCUGGCUCUGCUGCCGGAUGCUCCUCCUUUAGAAGAAGAUAUCAUCGACUCUCAGAACUGGCAGGAAACAGUGGAGCCACACGUACUCGCCUCACUCAGCUCACGAGAGAUCGACCGGCAGGCUGUCAUAUACGAGUUAUUCACGACUGAAGCCUCUCACCUCCGGACUCUGCGGGUUUUGGAUCAGGUCUUCUUCCAGAAAAUGAGGAGCGUUUUAACCUCGGAGGAACUCGCCUGUAUUUUCCCUAACCUGCACCAGGUCUACGAGCUCCACGCGAGCCUGUGUGAGUCCAUGAAGAAGCUGCGAGAAUCUCCUAUUGUUCAAGGAAUUGGAGACACCAUGCUGGCUAGAUUUGAGGAUGCAGCGGGGGCGGAGUUUCAGGAGCAGGUCUCUCACCUGUGCAGUCAGCAGAGUCAGGCACUGGAGCUCAUCAAGAGCAAACAGCGCAAGGACCCGCGCUUCGCUCACCUCAUACAGGAGUGUGAGGCCAGUCCGCACUGCCGCCGACUACAGCUGAAGGACCUGCUGGUGUCCGAGAUGCAGAGACUCACCAAGUAUCCUCUGCUGCUGGAUAACAUCAUCAAAUACACAGAAGGCGGCUCUCCCGACCUGCAGCCACUGCUGAGGGCGCAGACGUGCUGCCGCGGGAUCCUACAGACCGUCAACGAGGUGGUCAGAGAGACGGAACACCGGCAACGGCUCAGCCAGUACCAACGCAGGCUGGACCUGUCGGCUCUGGAGAGGCAGGCCAAUCCCAUCGCAGCACAGUUCAAGAACCUGGAUCUGACCACCAAGAGGAUGAUCCAUGAGGGGCCUCUCACCUGGAAGGCCGGUAAAGAUAAGACUAUAGAGAUUCAGGCCCUGCUGCUGUCGGACCUGUUGGUGCUCCUCCAGAGGGGGCCUGACGACCGCUGGAUCCUGCGCUGUCCGUCACGCUCUCUGGGCGUGGUCGGGGGCGGGAAUACGGAUCAGAAGACGCCGUUUUGUCCCGUGGUUCGUCUGGACUCCUCUCUCGUCAGACCUGUAGCCAGAGAUAACAAGGCGCUGUAUGUGAUCAGUACCUCAGAGAGACAGAUAUACGAGCUGGUGGCUGGAACUUCCUCAGAGAUCAACACCUGGAAGGAUUUGUUGGAAAAGACAAUCUCACUGGCGUCUGGAGGUGCAGGAACCACAAAACAAGGAUCACCGGCUCCAUCCUCCGUUCUGAGACUACACGACGGCCAUGUCAAUCAAGACGACUCGCUAACAGAGGAGUCGGCGUCACUGGAGCGAGAUUCACAGAGCGACGACGAAAGUGCGCUCACGUCCACCACCCCGACCGACCAAUCGGGAUCCUUCCUGCACGCCGACGCGCACGGUUACCUGGCGGCUCCCAGUGAAGUAGCCGAAGCUGCUCUCAAAGACGUCGAGACUCUCAGACAGUUGAUCUUCAGAGAUCUUCAGGAUGGGUGGAGCCACGAUUCCGAUGAAACGCCCACCAACGAGACGGCCAACGAAGCGAGCCCGUACACGGACCGGCCUGAAGCUGAGGAGCCCGAGUCCAACACCGGUCAGAGUCAGAACCAGAUCAUAGAGGAUCAAGCUGACGCUGACGUACUGGAGGCGGAGCGGCCGGCGGUUCAGCUGGUCAGAAAAGCUAUGGGUGUGGGCUCUUCCUCUAUUCCUGAUGACAUCCCUGAUGUCACCGCCGACCAACCUUCUGAAUCAAAAGGAAACAUCUUCUACCUGGUGAUGCCCACUGACCAGAUGGGCGCUCUCACAGAAGAGAGCAGCACGGACGAGGCUCCAGAAGAGACGCCGGUGUCCUUACAGCAGGAGGAGGAGGAAGAGCAGGAGACAGCGGAGGGGCUCAGCCGGUCAGGGUCUGGGGUACGGCGGUGCCUCAUCAAGAACGUGGAUGAGAUCUUUCAAACGAUUGAGGAGCUGCAGAAAAAGCUGCAUCAGCUGAGGGAGAUCGAGGUAGACCAUUACAGAAUGAUGCAGACCGCAGAGACGACGUCACAGUCCAUCAGUCCCAAUGCAGACGAGCACAUCCACACGCCUGCCUCCGUCAGCAGGACGCCAUCUAUAGACAGAGGAGCGGGAGAUGGUAAAGAAGGAGGUCCGACAGAACCGGCUCAGCCCGAGAUCCACUCGACAGGAUUCUGAUCCGAGAGAUUUCACACAUUCAGAACUAGGGGACCAGCAUAUCAGCUGCCUCGUGCAUAUUAUGUAGCCUCACCUCCAAUCCCAGCAUGCUUUGCUUUCGGGAGGAAACAGAACGGGCGAAAUUCUGCGUGUCGUUCUUGUCGUCCACCUCUGGAAGCGGGACAGAGGACGGAAGAACCUUCAGCACCUUCGUGUACGGGAAGGAAAAGAAGAGAAAGAAGGAACGUGAGCGGAGAUUCACGCAUGUGUGUAUGUUAGAUCAGGUGGAACGUUUCGGUUCGUUUGUUUUAUUUUGAGAGGAUAAAUGAAGGUAAGAAACGGUGGAUGGAUUAAAGAACGUGAUGCUGAUGCUCAGUGGAAGGAACAGACAGAAGAAACGCUGAAGGAACAAGAGGUCUCAUAGGACCAGCUGUGGAAAUGACUCUGCUCUGAAGGAUCCCAGCACUUUACCUCCUCUAUAUCUACUCUCGCAUCCACCUCGUCCAGGUUAAAAAGGGUUUUUCGGUUGGAAUUCAGGAUCCCACGAUGCACCUGUGUUCGCUAAACCCACCACUGCUCGCCUUACGCGGCUUUCAGACGGAAGUCGUUCAGGUUCUUUUGCACUGCGACUCCUGCGAUAUUUACGGGGUCUCUAGUAACCGUGUUGCAUUACUGUUAUAAUCGUAGCUGAUCUUUGUUUUGUGAACGGACACUCUGAGUUAAAAGAGCGGUCGGGGGGUUUGUUGCUUCGUCUUUAUAGCGGAAAGAAAGACACGCACAGCAAGUUAAGCCUGGUUUAUACUUCAGCUGGCGUUCUGACACUAAAAAGCUUCAGUCUAGCACAUACGCUCCAUCAGAGCUGCUUAUAGAGCCGCAUACAUCAAACGUCAGACAGCGUAGAGCGUUCGGUGCUUAUUUGAGCCAUUUGAAUCAAACCCUGGAGAAUCCAGAUUGUCCAGAACAUCUAAAGAGCUGUUGGAUCUUAAAUACUGUGAUUUCUCUGUCAGAAGUCUUUUAAAUACACAACGAACGUUAGAAAUGAUUGUUCAUCAUUUAUCAGAACGAUUGAUGGGCAAGUCGUAGCGUAGCAGCCCUUGAGCAAGGCCCAUAACCCUCGAUUGCUCAGACUGUAGACUGUCGCUGUACUGUAAGCCACUUUGGAUAAAAGGCGUCUGCCUAUAAAUGAUAGAAGAUUCUUCAGUCUGGUCUGUAAAAUGCUCCGAAAGUGCUCCUGGAGAUCCAUGAAACCAGCAAACGAAAGCUUGGAGAGAUCCCGGAUCAGAACAUCAGUAAGAGCUUGUUCAGACCUGCCGAACGCUCUACAUCAAGUGCUUCUCCGAAUGCACUUCAGAAAUCUCUCUGUGGGUUCAGGGUUUAUCGGAACAGGGCGUCCAAUUCCCCGAUUGCGUCAUGCUUCCUCUCCACCAAUGCUUUGAUUGAGGAGAACAAAGCUAACCCACGGCCCCUCCGACACGUGGGCAGCAGCCGUCUGUGUACGGAGAGACACACCCUGAGAGCACGCUUUUCCCGUCUCUGUGCAGGUGUCAGCAGUCAGCCAGCAGAGGUCGUAGUUGCAUCAGUCAUUAGAGUCCCUAUCCGGCUUAAUAUCCGACCCCUGUAUGAACAACAGGCCAAUCAUUGUUCAUGUGGCCGCUCAGCCCACCCGGCAGGCAGAGCUGAGACUCGAUACGAUGCCACCUGAGCAGCCCAGAACAGUAGGAGUUUAGUAGGCUAACAGGAUGCUGCCAACUAUGACUGGCUCGAUGGGUAGCACUGUCGCCUCACAGCAAGAAGGUCCUGGGUUUGAUUCUCAGGUGGAGCAGUUUGGGUCCUUUCUGUGUGAAGUGUUCUCCUCGUGUCUGUGUGGGUUCGUCCCACAGUCCAGAGACGUGAAAGUGAGGCUAAUUGGAGAUACAAAAUUGUCCAUGACUGUCUGAUGAAUCUUGUGUAACCAAAGUGUAAAACCCAUGUCGUUAAAAUCCUAAAUAAAUAAUAAUAAAUGAAUAACGAUGACCGGUUCCCACUGAACAGGGUCGUCGGUCACUUCUGCUCUCUGACUGGAAUCGCAGUGUGCCCCCCCCCCUCAACACCCACCCUCCUGAAGUCUGUACAGAUGGAAGCAUAAACCAGGCUUAAUGCAGCGGUCACUAGCUUUGCACCACAGCAUCACUACUGCAGCAGGCACUACUGUAUUGCUGUCCGUGCUGAGGACUCGUUUCUGUUCGGAGAUGUUUUAUCUAACGUCAUGUCGUGUUUUAGAGGAAACGCUGUGAAGAUCUUCUCUCCCCUCGGCCAGGGAUCCACGGCUCUUCCACACAGGGUGCAUUUACAUCCACACUGAUAAUCACACCAGUAUCUGAUAGCUUCAAGAUCUCAUGAGUAACAAAGCAACCUGGAUUUAAUUCUAAGUGGUAGUUCAAUGGUUAAGAUACCGGACUAGUAAUCAGAAGGUUGCCAGUUCAAGCCCCUCCACUGUAGGACCCCUGAGCAAGGCCCUUAACCCUCAAUUGCUCCAAUUGUAUUCGGUCAUAAUUAUAAGUCACUUUGGAUGAAAGCGUCUGCUAAAUGCCUUUAAUAUAAAUUGGAGGAUACUGGGAUACUCGCCUCGCAGCAAGAAGGUCCUGGGUUCGAUCCCCAGGCGGAGCGGUCAGGGUCCUUUAUGUGCAGAGUUUGCAUGUUCUCCCACAGUCCAAAAAUAUGCAGUCAGGUAAAUUGGAGACACUGAAAAGCUGGGAUAGGCUUCAGUAACGCGCGACCUUAAUUGGAUAAGCAGUUAAGACAGUGAGUGAGUGUCUGAUGUCCACCUAGUGUAACCUACUGACUGACCUCACCACCGGUCAGUACACCAGUACCAGAGUUUUGGCAACAUUUUGACAUCUUAUUAAGCAAAUAGAUUUAAAAAAUAGUGGUAAGUUCAGUACUGCAUACUAAGGCUUGUUGCUGAACAUAUUGUGUAGGGCAGUGAAGGGACGUCACCUGUAGCUGGUCGUUCCAGUAUGAAAAUGAUUUGCUCACACCGAACCUCUGGGGUAACACGAUACUUCAGUAUGUAAGCGGUGUUUUAUUUAAAAGCCGUGAUGCUACCACCUCACUACAGUAAAAUAACUACGUUUGGCCUCAUUAGUGAAGGAAACGUGAUUGAUUUGCCGUUAUCUGAUCGCACCUGAAGCUGUUGAUUGGAUUGUUGGUGAAAUCUGAUCGCGUGCAGUUAUCAGAUGAUCGUGUGGAUGGAAAUGUACCUUCAGCUUUGAGAAGCUCACAAGUGUUUGUGGUGGAAGCUUCCAGCAGGAGAAUCUAAUUCAUUCAACACUAUAGUGAGAAAACGUCUCUUCAGUCUCGGUAGCCUGUAAAACCAACGUCCGUCAUCUAACUGGUGUCCAGUUUCUGUUCUACAGCAAAGGUUCAUGGGUAUGAGGGGAUAUUUUUUGUUUAUUUGGGAAGUGGGUGAAUAACUACUGUGUAACUCAGGUGGAGAAAUGAUGCUCCUGUUACUCUCUUUAGCUUUAACUUUCAUAUCCUCACCAGUUCCUCCUCCUCUCCUUCCAGUUCAGUUUCACCCUUCCUACUUUCCUCUCCAUCUUUUCUUCUAUUCUCUCCAUUCUCUCUCUCUCUUUCUCUUUCUCUCCAUCACUGUAUCUUUCUUUUCCCUGCAUCUCCACUUCUGUUUACACUUCAUGUAAAAUGCACAAAGAAUGAAAUGAACCGGAGCCUGUGCAAACUACUGUCUGCAUUAAAUUCUUUAUUAUUAUUAUUAUUCUUAUUUUGUCCAAGUGUGUAAUAUAGACACUGUGCCAUGUUUAUAUGUUCCUCUAUGUAAAGCUUUAGUUUUUUCAUGGGUUUUAUUUGUAGAUAUGGGACGACGUGUAAAUUAUUUUAUCUUCCUCUUUAAAAAGGUGAGAUGGUUAGCGCCACCGAAGGAACCUGUAAAGUCGUGUUAAAUACUCCUUUGUUUUGUGACAUUAAAAAAGGAACUGUUGGAAUUAAAAAUAAUAACAAACGACAA